AUGGAAUCAUUGAAAGAAUUGAAGAGUUAUCAAAUAAUUAUUCCCGUAUCGUUGGUUGCUGUUUUAGUAGCUUUUAUAGUUGCAUGCUUAAUAUUAACCUUAGUUAUAUAUAUAAAACUACAAUGUGUUAACUAUGUUUUUCUUUUAUUUAUUCGAUGGGAAAUAAAUGAUACAUCAUGUCGAUGGCGUGGAUUUUUUGGCUAUAUGGCAGUUGCAGCUGUUAUUUAUUCUUAUUUAAUUCAAGCUACAUCACUUGUAUUAAUACCAUUACCAGCACUUCUUACUGAUGACAUUCAUUAUCGUCCAUUUACUCUUUGUUGGGUACCAAAAAAAUAUACUUUACAUGUAAUAUAUACUGUUCUUGCUUAUUAUUUAAUUCCAGCAAUAUUAAUAUUUGCUAUAUAUAUUUAUAUUUACAUUUGUAUGAAACAUCCUAGAUACAGAGUAUUUAUAGUAACAGCAAGAAGACGUUCAAAUCGUGAUCUUGAAGUUUUAUGCAAUAUAAUGAUUUUAUUUGCUAUAUAUACAUUAGGUGCUAUACCAACAAUACUUUAUUUACUAACUAAUAUUCGUUUUCUUUACGGAAUGGGUAUUGUUACAGUAUCGUUUACAGUAGCAAUUGAAAAAAUUGUUACACUUAUACUCGAUCGUGAUAUCAGAAAUAUUAUUAAACUUUAUCUUCGUCGAUCAAUGGUACAAAUUAGACCGAUUUCUUAA